AGUCAGCAGCUGUGGCUCGUGUUGGCUGAACCAUCUGUAGGGCCAUCCUCUUUUUUUCUUGCCUUAGGACACCACAACCAACACAUUAACAAUGGCGGAUGAUGAAGCGAAGAAGGCCAAACAGGCCGAGAUUGACCGCAAGCGCGCUGAGGUGCGCAAGCGCAUGGAGGAAGCCUCUAAGGCUAAGAAAGCCAAGAAAGGUUUCAUGACACCGGAAAGGAAGAAGAAACUCAGGUUGCUGCUACGUAAGAAAGCCGCUGAAGAGUUGAAGAAGGAACAGGAACGCAAAGCCGCCGAGAGGAGGCGUAUCAUUGAGGAAAGGUGCGGUAAACCCAAAAACAUCGACGAUGCAAACGAAGAUACUAUUCGGAGGGUUUGCAAAGAUUACCACGAGCGCAUCGCCCAACUUGAAGACGAGAAAUUCGAUCUGGAAUACAUCGUUAAAAGGAAAGAUAUGGAGAUCUCCGACCUCAACUCUCAAGUAAAUGACCUCAGAGGCAAAUUCGUUAAGCCCACACUAAAGAAGGUGUCCAAAUAUGAGAACAAAUUCGCCAAGCUCCAGAAGAAGGCAGCCGAAUUCAACUUCCGUAACCAAUUGAAGGUUGUCAAAAAGAAGGAGUUCACCCUUGAAGAGGAAGACAAAGAGGGUGGCGCCGGAGGAAAGAAAAAGCCAGACUGGUCCAAGGGCAAACCAGGAGAUCAGAAGGUAAAAGAGGAAGAAGUUGAGGCAUGAAAUACUGUAAUUUAAAAUACCUUUAAGACCUUAUCUUUCAUGCCAGCUGUUCGUCACCAUGUGAUAGCCCUGUCCGACUGUGGGUAACCUAUGUUUUAUCAGCCAAUGGCAAAUUCCUCCAUUAUUAUACUUAUUAUGUAUUGUCUAAACAUUUCACUUGGAACAUCAAUGCAAACUUUUUAUAUCUAUUUAUUUAAAUAAUAAUGUUUUUAUAAGUUAAUAAUGUUUAAUAAAUUAAUUUUCUGUACUAU